AUGGAAUGGAAAGCCACCCUCUUGUCACCACAAGCUCUCCAUUCAUGGUCACUUCCAUCUGCUAAUGCUAGUGCCAACACAAUCUCUCCGUGCAAAUGGUAUGGGAUCUCCUGCAACGGCCUUGGAAGCGUAAUAGAGAUAAGCUUACCCAGUGCAGGCGUACAAGGUAAGCUUCAUAACUUGAGUUUCUCGUCAUUUCCAAACCUCCUCCGUCUCAAUCUCAGUGACAACACACUCACUGGAACCAUCCCAGCUGAUAUCGGCACUCUUUCCAGACUCGUCUCCCUCAAUAUCUCUAUGAAUAAUCUCUCUGGAGUUCUACCUCUUUCAAUUGCUAACCUUUCUCACCUUUCAGAGCUCGACAUCUGGUCUAAUGAAAUAACUGGGCCUAUUCCUCCAUCUUUAGGAAAUCUCAAGAAUUUGUUUGAGUUGGCAUUGUCACAAAACAAUCUGACGGGUCCAAUCCCUCCUGCUUUAGAAGUUGGGAAUUUAAUGAAUCUGAACCAUCUUGAGCUGUCAGACAACCUUCUAACAGGUUCUAUUCCUUCCACUUUAGGGAACUUGACAAAACUGAUGAACCUCCAACUCCAAAGAAAUCAAAUUUCUGGUUCAAUUCCUCUAGAAAUUGGGAAUUUAGUAAAUCCCAAUGGGCUUGAGCUUGCUAGUAACCUUCUAACAGGUUCUAUCCCUUCCUCUUUAGGAAACUUUACCAAGCUUGAACGCUUCUCUGCAUUUGACAACCAUUUAAAUGGUGAGAUCCCAAAAAGCUUUAGAAAUUGCACUAGGUUAACUAGAGUUCGACUGGAGGGAAACCAGCUCAUUGCAAAUGUAUCAGAAGUCUUUGGUGUAUACCAGCAUCUCUAUUUCAUGGAUGUCAGCAACAACAGGUUGUUUGGUGAACUCUCACCAAACUGGGGAGAAUGCAAAAACUUGACGAGGCUACAGUUAUCUGGGAACAGGAUCACUGGUAAAAUUCCUCCCGAGAUUGGGCAGUUGAAGCAGCUAGAGUACUUGGUACUGAAAGAGAUUGGAAAACUCUCCAAUUUGGAGGUUCUUGACUUGUCAAUGAAUCACCUAAGUGGUCCAAUACCACCUCAAUUAGGGGAUUGCUCCAAACUCCGAUAUCUCAAAUUGAGCGAAAACGAUUUGAAUGGAAGCAUUCCAUUGCAAAUUGGUAACCUGGUAUACUUACAGGAUUUACUAGAUCUCAGUCAUAACUCGCUCAAUGGAGAGAUAUCACCACAACUUGGGAAAUUGCAUGUGCUGGAAAAGUUAAACCUCUCCCACAACAUGUUGUCGGGCUCCAUUCCACCUUCUUUUGAAGCAAUGUUCAGCUUGCAAUCUAUUGAUUUUUCAUACAAUGCUUUGGAAGGUCCUCUUCCCAACAGCAAAAACUUUCAGAAGGCUCCUGCAAUGGCAUUCAUAAAAAACAAAGGCUUAUGUGGUGAAGUGCAAGGUUUGAGACCCUGCAACGCCCCUUCAAUAAGGCAUGGUGAUGCAAGGAAAGGCCGCCAAGUUGUCAUCUUCAUUGUUCUUCCUCUCUUGGCAGCCUUGUUUCUUUUAUUUAUAGUCGUUGGUGUUUCUUCCAUUUAUUCCCAAAGACGAAGAAAUAAAGAGAAGGUGGUUCUUGAAAGGAGUAGCAGAAAUCCAUUUUCAAUAUGGAAUUAUGAUGGGAUUGAUGCAUUUGAACAGAUCGUGGAAGUGACAGAGGGUUUCGACGACAAAUACUGCAUCGGAAUUGGAGGGUAUGGAAAAGUUUACAAAGCAAAUCUACCAUCAGGCCAAGUAGUAGCUGUGAAGAAACUUCACCCACUCGAAGGUGGGGAUCAAUCCGAUCAAAGAAGUUUUAGAAAUGAGAUUCGAGCAUUAACAGAAAUCCGCCAUCGUAACAUUGUGAAGCUUUAUGGUUUUUGUUCCCAUGCUCAAUUCUCAUUUCUAGUCUAUGAGUACAUGGAAAGGGGAAGCUUGGCUGGCAUCCUAAGCAACGACAGAGAAGCUGCAGAGUUUGACUGGACUCUAAGGGCGAAGGUUAUUAAAGGUGUGGCCCAUGCAUUAUCUUACAUGCACCAUGAUUGCACCCAACCAAUUGUCCAUCGAGACCUAUCAAGCAACAACGUUCUGCUGAAUUCGGAACUUGAGGCCUGUGUUUCUGACUUUGGCACUGCAAGAUUGUUGAUACCUGAUUUGUCCAAUUGGACUAUGCUCGCCGGCACUUACGGAUACAUCGCUCUAGAGCUUGCAUAUACAAUAAGGGUAACUGAAAAAUGUGACGUAUAUAGCUUUGGCGUUGUGGCACUUGAAGUGAUGAUGGGAAGGCAUCCUGGGGAGCUCAUCUCCUCUUUGACACCACCAAGUAGACAAGAUACACUGCUAAAGGAUAUGUUGGACCAACGUCUCCCAGACCCCACAGCUGUGGUUGCACACGAAGUCAUAUUUGUGGUGUCCAUGGCACUUUCAUGCAUUCGGCUGGAUCCAAACUCUCGGCCAACCAUGCACCAUGUGGCUCAAGAGUUAUCUAUUGGUGGGUCUUCCUUUUCUCUAGGGCCAUUCCACGCACUUACAUUACAUCAACUCAUGGAUCUUGAGGUAUAG